AAGCCCUUGGAUGGACGUCAAAGCCAAUCUCUCUUCUUCUUCCUCUUCACCAUUCACGACCCUCAGUUGACCAUUCGGUACAACUCUGUUUUUUCUUUUUCUUUUUUUCUUCUUCUCUCCCCUGUAAAAUCCUGACCCCUAAUCUCUCUUCUUCUUCACUAUCACACUUCACCAUGGAUGCUGCUCCUUGAGCUUCCGGCCCCGGCCCCAACUAUCUUGCUCACCAACCCUAAUCCCUAGCCCUCAUUGAAGCUUCCUCACAGUUGGGAUCAUCUCCUUCCUAUUUUUUUUUGGAUCUUGCUAUUCGCUUCUCUCUUCUUUGAAGCCUCGAAUCCCUCUCCAUUUGGCGAGCGAGCGAGAGAGAAGGCACUCGAGCUUCAUUUGGUUUUGGUUUCCAUGAUCGAUUAGGGUUGGGUGUGGAGAUUGCUUGAUUUCUAGGCAGCACCGAAGGAUUUAAUCUUUGCUUGCAUCUCCGAGUGGCCUUUUCUGGUUGAUCAGCCUCUCAGGCUCCAAAUCCUUCUCAUUAGUCACUAAGAAUUCUACAAUAUAAAUUGGUUCAAGAGAAGUGGCAGGAAUUGCACGUUCUCUUCAAGAUCGUAUACGCCAUAGAUUGGAGCUUGAGAUCCAAUAAAAUUGUUACUGCUUCGCAUGAUCGGAACUCGACCAUAUUGUCAGCGCUAUACUUCUAACAAGGAAGGACAUGUUUCUUACCCGUGAUGAGUACAAUCAGCUGCUAUAUGCUUGCUGUGUGCCGAUUGCUGCUUCCAGUUCUCAAGUAAUUAAAUUUGGGGAAAAGGUUACCGUAUUAUGCUCAAUCAACGAGAUUCAGCCCCUUUUUCCUGCCAUUUUAAAGCCAAAACCUUUGUGGACUGGAAAGUCAUUUCUUCAAUUCUCAGCUAUGUCACAAGAGGCAGGAAGCCUUUUACUGUUGAAAAAGAUGGGAGAAUCCCAAAAGAAUAUUUUGGAAAGGAUCUUACUGAACACAAGCUGUUUAUAUUGAACAAUGAAUUAAUACAUGGAAUGAUUGCCAAAGCUUAGUUUGGCAAGCAUGGUCUGGUUCAUAUAGUCCAUGAAUUUUAUGGUGCUGAUACUGCUGGAAUUUUGCUUUCAAUGUUCAGUCGUCUGUUUACUAUCUUUCUUCAGAUUCACGGAUUUAUGUGUGAAGUAGAUGACCUUUUAAUUUCUGAAGAUUUGGAUUUGAGGAGGAAAGAUAUACUUGAAACUGGUGAAAAGGAAAGUGAACAAGUCCAUUUGCAAUUUACUAACAAUAAUUCUGUAGGUUCUACAGAUCUGCAAAAGGAGAUUGAGAAGGUUAUACGAACAAACGUAGAACCUGAGACAGCACGUUUGGAUAGAAUGAUGUCCAGUAAAAUGAAUGUCAUAACAUCUGAAGCUAAUAAUGCCUUGUUUCCAACUGGACUGGUAAAAUCAUUUCCAGCCAAUUGUCUCUCUCUCAUGACUGUAACUGGUGCUAAAGAACAAAGCAAUAUGCGUCAUCAUCAUUCUCAACUCCCUUGUUUGCAAUGCCACCCACAAAGCUAUAUAGCCUAUAUUAGAAUGGUUCAACAUUUGAUUGAGAGAUGUCUCAUAUUACGUAUGAACCGUGAUGAUUGUGUUCAAGCUCUUGCUCAGCAUGCAUGCAUUCAACCUCUUGUCACACUUGCUGUUUGGAAAGGACUACUAAAAGAGAACAAGGGUUUCUUCCAUUCAUACUUGCAUGAAAUUUCACCAAGACAUUAGUGACAAUAUAAAAAAAUGUUGGUAAAAAUCAACAAUCCAUUGGUAAAAGUCUCAAAACUCUAUACCAACGAUAAAAAUACCUAUUCCAACACUGCUUUUACCGUCGGUAAAAGUCUUGUAGGUAUAGACUUAUACCAACGGAUAUAGUGUUUGUUGGAAUAGAUUUAUUAGUUUUACCGAUGGAAUAUACUGUAACUAUUGGUCAUAUUGUUGAGAUAGCACCAUCAAAUUGCUUACCUUAUACCAACAUUAAAAACACUUAUUCCAACAAUUUUGUUACCAUUAGUAGAAGUCGCGCGUAUACAUUUAUACCAACUGAUAUAGAUUUGUUAGAAAAGAUUAAUGGGAUUUACCAACAGAAUAUAAUUGUAACUAUUGGUCUGGCCAUUGAUAAAGAACUUCAAAUUUAUUUACCUUAUACUAAUGAUAAAAUAUAUAUUGCUAUAUUUUUUUACCGUUAGUAAAAAUCUCAUAAGCAUAAACCUACACCAACGAUUACAACAUUUGUUGGAAUAAAUACAUUUGAUUUAUCAAUGACUACAACAUUCGUUGCUAUAGAUGUAUACUGAAAAAUACAUGUUUAGUUUUAGCAACGACAAU